AAACCGAGUCAAUUAUUUUGUCAGUCUUUUACUACCAUUCCUUGUCCGCAGUUGGCUGUAAGUCCCGCGACUAUUUCCCAAGCAACUGUUACCCUGGAAACCAAGCUAAACAACGGCUGCUCUGUGUUUUUAGCUAAUUUUGUCACUGAACUUUACCUUGAGUUUUUAAGAUAGUUUUAAGCAUUUAAUUCCACAAUGGUUAACGAUUACUACGAGACGCUGGAAAUAAACAGAAAUGCAACAGACGCAGAAAUAAAAAAGGCAUAUCGAUGUCUUGCGUUGAAGUUUCACCCGAGCAGCAACAGAGAACCUGGAUGCACCGACAAGUUCAGUCAGUUGGGUGAAGCAUACGAUGUUUUGAGCGACCCUCAAAAAAAGGCAACCUAUGACAAGUUUGGUGAGGAGGGACUAAAAGGUGGUAUCCCACCCGAGUUUGGCAGUGAUGGGGCUUGGUCAUCUAAAUAUGUCUACCAUGGGAAUCCAGACAAAACAUUCAGACAGUUUUUCGGAGGUGACAACCCAUUUGCAGACUUCUAUACAAAUGAUGUACCUCUUCAGUUUGGUGGCCUGCAACCAGGAGUGGUGAAGACUCAAGAUCCCCCAAUAGAGAGAGAUCUUCAUUUGUCCCUGGAUGAUCUCUUCCAUGGAUGCACAAAAAAGAUAAAAAUAUCUCGCAGGAUUAUGAAUGAGGAUGGAUACACAUCCAGUAUCAAAGACAAGAUCCUGUCUAUAAAUGUUAAGCCUGGAUGGAAAGAAGGCACAAGAAUAAUUUUUUCCAAAGAGGGAGAUCAGGGACCAAACAGCAUCCCUGCAGAUAUUGUGUUCAUAGUGCGACAGAAGAGUCAUCCUAUGUUCGUAAGACAACUCAAUGACCUGAUCUACAAGGCCCAGAUCUCUCUGGAGAUGGCCUUGACUGGCUUCUCUGUGGAUGUGGAGACACUAGAUGGCAGGCUGCUCAAUAUUCCCAUCAGUGACCUUGUGCACCCUACGUACAAAAAAGUGGUGACUGGAGAGGGAAUGCCGCUGUCCCAGGAUGCUUCACAGAGAGGAAAUCUCAUCAUUACUUUUGAUAUCCAGUUCCCAGACAAGCUCUCGGCUGAGAGAAAGCAUCUGAUCAAACAAGCUCUAAAAUAAAUAUCACAGCAGUGAAUAUUGAUCACAUUUUAAUACAUGUGUUGCUAAACUAUUAAAUGUAUGUAAUUGUCAGUUUAAACACAAUUUGUAUAACUUUGAUAAUUUGAGUUGAAAUAUAUACUAGGAGGCAACAAAAAGUAAAGAAAUGUGUAAACAACAUCGCUGUGCUAUCACAUCAGCCCUCUGCCAGCCAAUAAUGAUUACAGUAUAGUUGUGCAGUUGUGAUUCGCUGCCAUCAUGGCCCGUUUCAGCUGCUCAUAUGUUACAAACAUCACCACGUUCCAGGAGCCCAGGCGUAAGAAAGAUGGGAUGAACCUCAAGACCAGAAAAACAGAAAAAUAGUGUGAUUGAUUGCCAUCCAUGUUCAUAUUAAUAGCUGUCAUUUUGUUUACAGUCAUUGAUCUCCUCACCUUCCUAUAUAAAUGUUUAAUUUACGUCCUCAUUAACCAUUAAAAUUUUUAUCGAUG